AUGGCUCUGGCAUAUGAGGCUGUCAAACCACCCAAAGGCCAUUUCUACCUGGCAGGGAGACUGUUUCCGCGGGUGAAAUGGUGGAAGCAACGGAAUAUGCGCGUGUUAUACUUCUAUAUUUUGGUCCUUAUUGCGACAAAUACGGCUAAUGGAUUUGAUAACUCUAUGAUGAAUGGCCUUCAAACUCUCUCGUACUGGCAGGACUAUUUCGACCACCCGAAAGGGCCGACAUUGGGAUUGUUCAACUGCGUCAUGAGUGUCGGUGCGUUGGCUGGCCUUGUGAUACUGCCAUAUAUGCUUGAUCACUUUGGUCGAAAGGUCUGCUUAGUUUUCGGCUCGUUCUUCAUGCUGUUGGGUGUGGCCUUGCAGUCGGGCUCCAUAAACUUUUCCAUGUUCGUCGGCGCUCGAUUCAUACUUGGAUUUGGAGAUAUCAUCGUAAUCUGUACGGCGCCUCUACUUAUUACGGAGAUCGCUCCCGCUCAAGAUAGAGCAAUCCUCGUGACUCUUGCUGGCGCCACUUACCAUUCUGGAGCCUUUAUCGCGGCCUGGACUACGUACGGAACAUUGAAAAUCAAAAGUGAAUGGUCAUGGAGAACUCCCAGUCUCAUCCAAGGGUUGUUUACUUUGAUGAUGCUGGCCGUUGUAUGGUGGAUUCCAGAGAGUCCGCGAUACUACAUAUCCAAGGAUCAGCCAGAAAAGGGAUUGGAGAUUUUGGCAUACUACCAUGCUGAUGGAGACUCAACCGAUGAAAUUGUGCAGUUGGAGUUCACAGAGAUCACCACUGCUAUUGCGAUGGAAAAGAAUGCAGAUCAUUCUAGCUCCUAUGUGGAUUUCCUCCGGACCCCUGGAAACCGAAAACGACUAUUGAUCAUUAUUACUAUGGGCUUAUUUGCGCAAUGGUCUGGAAAUGGGCUGGUCUCCUAUUACCUGAACCUCAUCAUGGACAGCAUUGGAAUCAAAGAUGCCAACCGGCAACUGCUUAUAAACGGUGCGCUGACCUCGUUCAAUCUUGCCACCAAUCUGUUCUUUAGUUUCUUUGUCGAUAAGUGGGGACGCAGGCCAAUUAUGCUAGUCAGCUCGGCUGGUAUGUUGGUUGCCUUCGUGGUAUGGACGGUCCUAUCGGCACGAUAUGAUGCCCAUGCCAGCUCAGGGCUGGGGUCUGGUGUUUUGGGGAUGAUCUUCAUCUACUACCUAUUCUACAACCUGAAGUCUGGAUUGAUUGCCAGCUAUACUACCGAAAUCCUUCCAUAUUCAAUGCGGGCAAAGGGGUACACCAUAAUGGAGUUUGCCAUGUACGUUGCACUCUUUUUCAAUCAAUACGUGAACCCGAUUGCACUAGAGAAUAUCCACUGGCGGUAUUAUAUCUUCUACUGCUGCUUCUUGGCUGUGGAAGUUGUGGUCAUCUGGUUCCUCUACGUGGAGACACGGUAUAUGCCACUGGAAGAAGUGACCAAAGUAUUCGAUGGCGCCGAUGUUGCUACAGCUACAAACCUUGAAAUGGAAAAGAUUGGAGACUUUGGGAAACGAGAGGGUACUACAAUUCACAUUGAAGAAGCAAGAGUUUGA